GUUGGAAACAGGUUGAAAAAGGGUUAACAGGUCAUUAGGGGGUGGACUGGAGCGCGUUGUGUAGGGAUCGGAUGUCCUUUCAAGUCGUUGUGAGGGAAAGGCAGGACGCUCUUCUGUCAACACAGCCCCACGGCUCCUGGAAGAGUUUGAGUUCCCACCCUGCUUGGAAAGACGCUUGGGGCUCUGAAGUCUUUAACUCUCCCCACUUGUAGGCAGCUACAAUGAAGCUGAAUCAGAACACCAUACUACUGGGCAAGAAGGUGGUCCUGGUACCCUACACCUCCGAGCAUGUGCCUAGAUUUCAUUUUGGCUUUUCAAUCAUGAACGACACCUUCUAGAUGUGUGUAGGCAAAGAACAAUGACGUGUCUCCUUCCCUCGUUCUAAAUUACUGAUGGUGGCAUUCCCUGGUAUUGCCCUAGAGACUUAAACGUGUGCUUUGUCCCAGAUGUUUUCAUUAUUUUGAUGCCUACUGUUUAAAGGCCAGAAGUGAAAUACAGGGACUCUCUGUGAGGUACCACGAGUGGAUGAAGUCAGAGGAACUGCGGCACCUGACAGCCUCCGAGCAGCUGACCCUACAGCAGGAGUAUGAGAUGCAGUGUAGCUGGUGUGAAGACGAAGACAAGUGCACCUUCAUUGUGCUGGAUGCCGAGAAGUGGCAGGCCCAGCCUCGCCCCCCUGAAGAGAGCUGCAUGGUGGGAGACGUGAACCUCUUCCUCACAGACCUAGAAGACCCCACCUUGGGGGAGAUCGAGGUCAUGAUUGCAGAGCCCAGCUGCAGACGCCAGGGACUUGGCACCGAGGCUUCCCUCCUGAUCAUGUCCUACGGAGUGACGAAGCUAGGUCUGACCAAGUUUGAGGCCAAAAUCGGGCAAGAAAAUGAACCCAGCAUCCGGAUGUUCCAGAAACUACACUUUAAGCAGGUGGCUAUGAGCAACGUCUUCCAGGAGGUGACACUCAGGCUGGCAGUGAACGAGUCAGAGCGGCAGUGGAUUCUGGAGCAGACAAGCCACAUGGAAGAGAGACCCUACAGAGCUAGGAAAGCAGAGCCUGUGACAGCCACCCCGAGUGAGCAGAAGAGUUGGAAUUACAUGCUCCCAAGGCCAGACAGCUGCACGGGAGAUAAAAGCACAGUAUCUUCAGUCUGCUCCAGGCCCUCCUGAGCCUGUGUUGCCUCCCCUGGCUAGCCAUGGUCAAGAACACUCCUUCCAACCCCAAACCAUACACUGACUCUGACUGCACUGGAAGGGGUGGAGGUGGGAACUAGAAACCAGAAGGAUGUGGAGAACCAGCCUUUCCCUGGGGCCCUGGCUGAGUAAAGCUCUCAUGGGGCA